AUGAGGCAGAGGAGGCUGCUAGCUCACAGAGAUGAUGCAGAGGAGGCUGCUAUAGCUCACAGAGAUGAGGCAGAGGAGGCUGCUAUAGCUCACAGAGAUGAGGCAGAGGAGGCUGCUAUAGCUCACAGAGAUGAGGCAGAGGAGGCUGCUAUAGCUCACAGAGAUGAGGCAGAGGAGGCUGCUAUAGCUCACAGAGAUGAGGCAGAGGAGGCUGCUAUAGCUCACAGAGAUGAGGCAGAGGAGGCAAACAACAGCUGGGAGAGGAAUCUGCUUUCCCUCCUUGUUUCCAUUUUUAAUAAAAUCGCCCCAGAGCGUGCCUAA